ACAGUCUGAAGGUGAGCGAUGGCAGCUAGACUCCACCGAAUCAAGACACUAGUCUUUAUUAUCACGAACUUCACAUUUGUUUCAGGUGAGGCCGCAUCUGUUCUCUAUGGCAAAGUGGAUGGGACAAUCACACUCAGACCAGCCAUUGAUGGCCAGUGGGAUGAGAUUCUCUGGAAACACAAUGGCAAUAAAGUGGUGGAAUUUGACCAGAAGAACCUGAAUGAGUUUGGGCAAUUCAAAGGACGAACAGCCCUGGAUGUUACAAGAGGAGACCUUACGAUCAAAAACCUCAUAGAAAAUGACUCUGGGGACUACAAAGCAGAGCUGCAGAUAGCAGGACACCUGAAGUACUAUCACAAAGCAGUUAAAGUCAUUGAUGUUCUGAAAUCCCCGACAGUGACCUGCCAGGCUAAUGGCACCAUGGUGACAUUGCUGUGUGCAGGAGACCUCAGCCCGGUUACUCAGUACAGCUGGGAGGGGCCCGAGGCACAGAACCAGUCAGGGCCAGAGCUGCGGCUCCAGAGAAAGGAGAGCUCUGAUUCGGUCUACACCUGUGUGCUGAGCAACCCAGUGAGCCAGAGCAGCGAGAAGUUUAAUAUUCAGAGCUGCUUCCCUGCAGGAGAUGAAGAAGAUGACUCAGUCCCUGUCGUUGCAAUCGUUGUUUGUCUCCUCCUCCUCCUCCUCCUCCUCCUCCUCAUUUUGGGGCUGCUUUUUAUGUACCGGAAGAAAUACUGGUCAGUGGGAAGAGGGAAAAGAGGAAAAGAGGAAAACCCUGAAGCACCACCUGAAGAUGAGUCAGCACAACUAAUCAGUCCAAAACAUGAGAACCAGCAGAGUCCUGUGCAAGCACGGGACAGCAUGACUAAGGAGACAGUGGGACUCUCUCAGGAAGAGAGUCAGGCAGGGGAGUGGAGAGGAGCAGGUAUCAUUCUCAAUGUUCCGACCAUCAGGCCAAUGACGGCUGAAGCUCAGUUCAAAACCUGA